AUGAGGCUACAGACUGCGCUGGUCCCACUGUACGUCGUAGCGAAGGUGUGCUGUCUCAACGCCUUCACUUAUCUCCCGCUGCAGCUCGAUGUCUUGCGGGCCAAACGUUUUUCUGAUGGCGUUCAACGUACCGGCCGAAUGUUGGCGUUCUCCACCGUUGGCGUCCUCCACGCGAUCGGGUGUUGUCUGGCGUAUGCCACUUACCACGUCGUAUCCUCGUUGGGACAAUCGAGCAAACUAACCGACUCAAAUUUAGUGCGAGUGGCGAUCGACUUGAAGAAUCAAUACAUCGGUUGCAUCCUCGUGCUGGGUCUCGUGGCCGCUUUUCUAUUUCGUCAGCCAUCCUUCGACGCACUGUUCAGGACGCUGGUGCGAGUGGACAAAGCGCUACCGGUGAUGGUUCAGGUGUCUGGGCAGCAAGCUGAUGGCUCUACUUUGAUCAACAACGCCGCAUGGCUGAGGAACGUCUUGCUGAUGCUGGUAUUUGGAGUUGGCGUGAAGGCGGUCCUCGAAGUCAGCAAUUGCCUCAUGUACAUCCGCGAUAGUGGUUCACCAUUCAGCUCGAACUGCUUGCUGCUUUGUAUCGUUCCCCAGACGUUGUGUGUCGUGAGCGAGGUGCAGUUCGUGGCGUACACGAUGCUGAUCGGUGAUCGGUUGCAGCUGAUCAACCGAUGGUUGGUACGGUUGCAACCGUCACUUGCAUGUGGCAACGCAAACACCCAUGCAUCUCUGCGCCAUGUCGUGCGCAUUCACCGUGAGCUGACGAACGCAAUUCGACUUCUCGAUCGGUGUUUUGGUCUGCAGAACGUGAUUCUGGUUCUCUACCAGUUUGUGACGCUCGUCGAACUGGGCUACAACAUCUGUAUGAUGAUCGUGCGUUACGCUGAAGCUGAGGUUCAGCAAGGUGACUCCACGGAGGACUUGUUGGAAACCGCCUAUUGGGUCGUUUGGUUCGUGCUGGAAAUAUUCGUUCUGUGCUACUUUAGCCACGCAACCAUUGCCGAGGCUGAAGAAACCGCUCAUUUGCUGGCGUUUCCCACGAGCUAUGAUUGGAGCCAUCGUGGAGCGUUUCACGUGGUUUCCCAAGAGCAGCUGGUAUUUGUGAAUCGCAGAACGUGCCUCACCGGUGGUGGUGGGCUGUUUCCGGUGGAUCUAACGCUACUUCACGCGAUCAUCGGAGCCACCACCACGUAUCUGAUCAUAUUGAUUCAGUUUGACCAAUCGUUCAACGGCAAUUAA